GCCGCGGUGAGCACUCCCGCUCGGCGCACUUGUCGCGGCGCCGCGCCAGCCCCAGCUAGCCGGCUCUCCCCGCCCCGCCAGCCCGGGCCCUACCUGCGGCCGCCGUCGGGGGAGGGGGGUCCCCCCAGCUCUGCGGAGCCGCAUGAACAAUAGGCGGCGGUGGCUCCUGCGGGCGGCGGCAGCCCCGCACCCUAUGGAUCGGCCGCUCCAUGGAGCCCUCCAGAGCGCUUCUCGGCUGCCUGACGAGCGCCGCCGCUGCCGCCCCGCCGGGGGAGGACGGAGCGGGGGCCGGGGCCGAGGAGGAGGAGGACGAGGAGGAGGAGGCGGCGGCGGCCCCGGGGGAGCUGGGUCCCGAGGCACCGCUGCCCUACUGGACGGCGGUGUUCGAGUACGAGGCGGCGGGCGAGGACGAGCUGACCCUGCGGCUGGGCGACGUGGUGGAGGUGCUGUCCAAGGAUUCGCAGGUGUCCGGCGACGAGGGCUGGUGGACCGGGCAGCUGAACCAGCGGGUGGGCAUCUUCCCCAGCAACUACGUGACCCCGCGCAGCGCCUUCUCCAGCCGCUGCCAGCACGGCGGCGAGGACCCCAGCUGCUACCCGCCCAUCCAGUUGUUAGAGAUUGAUUUUGCGGAGCUAACCCUGGAAGAGAUUAUUGGCAUCGGGGGCUUUGGGAAGGUCUAUCGUGCUUUCUGGAUAGGGGAUGAGGUUGCCGUGAAAGCAGCUCGCCAUGACCCCGAUGAGGACAUCAGCCAGACUAUAGAGAAUGUUCGCCAGGAGGCCAAGCUCUUCGCCAUGCUGAAGCACCCCAACAUCAUUGCCCUUAGGGGGGUGUGUCUGAAGGAACCCAACCUCUGCUUGGUCAUGGAGUUUGCACGUGGAGGGCCUUUGAAUAGAGUGUUAUCUGGGAAAAGGAUUCCCCCAGACAUCCUUGUGAACUGGGCUGUGCAGAUUGCCAGAGGGAUGAACUACUUACAUGAUGAGGCAAUUGUCCCCAUCAUCCACCGCGACCUUAAGUCCAGUAACAUAUUGAUCCUCCAGAAGGUGGAGAACGGAGACCUGAGCAACAAGAUUCUGAAGAUCACUGAUUUUGGCCUGGCUCGAGAAUGGCAUCGGACCACAAAGAUGAGCGCAGCAGGAACAUAUGCUUGGAUGGCACCCGAAGUCAUUCGUGCCUCCAUGUUUUCCAAAGGCAGUGACGUGUGGAGCUAUGGGGUGCUGCUUUGGGAGCUCCUGACUGGUGAGGUGCCCUUCCGAGGAAUCGAUGGCUUAGCCGUGGCUUAUGGAGUGGCCAUGAACAAGCUCGCCCUUCCCAUUCCUUCUACGUGCCCAGAACCUUUUGCCAAACUCAUGGAAGACUGCUGGAAUCCUGACCCUCAUUCACGACCAUCUUUCACAAAUAUCCUGGACCAGCUAACUACCAUAGAGGAGUCUGGCUUCUUUGAGAUGCCCAAGGACUCCUUCCACUGCCUGCAGGAUGACUGGAAACAUGAGAUUCAGGAGAUGUUUGACCAACUCAGGGCCAAAGAAAAGGAGCUCCGCACCUGGGAGGAGGAGCUGACGCGGGCCGCGCUCCAGCAGAAGACCCAGGAGGAGCUGCUGCGGCGCCGCGAGCAGGAACUGGCCGAGCGGGAGAUCGACAUCCUGGAGCGGGAGCUCAACAUCAUCAUCCACCAGCUGUGCCAGGAGAAGCCCCGGGUGAAGAAACGCAAGGGCAAGUUUAGGAAGAGCCGGCUGAAGCUCAAGGAUGGGAACCGCAUCAGCCUCCCUUCUGAUUUCCAGCACAAGUUCACGGUUCAGGCCUCCCCAACCAUGGAUAAAAGGAAGAGUCUCAUCAACAGCCGCUCCAGUCCUCCUGCGAGCCCCACCAUCAUUCCUCGCCUUCGAGCCAUCCAGUUGACACCAGGUGAAAACAGCAAAACCUGGGGCCGGAGCUCAGUCAUCCCGAAAGAGGAAGGGGAGGAGGAGGAGAAGAGGGCCCCGAAGAAGAAAGGACGGACGUGGGGGCCAAGUACGCUUGGUCAGAAGGAGCUCGCCUCGGGAGAUGAAGGCCUCAAGUCCCUGGUAGAUGGAUACAAACAGUGGUCGUCCAGUGCCCCCAAUCUGGGGAAGGGCCCGAGGAGUAGCCCAGCCCUGCCAGGGUUCACCAGCCUUAUGGAGAUGGAGGAUGAGGACAGCGAAGGCCCAAGGAGUGGGGAGAGUCGUCUGCAGCAUUCACCCAACCAGUCCUACCUCUGUAUCCCAUUCCCUCGUGGAGAGGAUGGAGAGGGCCCCUGCAGUGAUGGAGUCCACGAGGAGCCCACCCCCGUCAACUCAGCCACCAGUACCCCUCAGCUGACGCCCACCAACAGCCUCAAGCGGGGUGGCGGCCACCACCGCCGUUGUGAGGUGGCUCUGCUCGGCUGUGGGGCCGUUCUCGCGGCCACCGGCCUGGGGUUCGACCUGCUGGAAGCUGGCAAGUACCAGCUGCUUCCCCCGGAGGAGUCUGAGCCCCCAGCCCGGGAGGAGAAGAAGAGGCGUGAGGGUCUUUUCCAGAGGGCCAGCCGUCCUCGUCGGAGCACCAGCCCCCCAUCCCGGAAGCUCUUCAAGAAGGAGGAGCCCAUGCUGUUGCUGGGAGACCCCUCUGCCUCCCUAACGCUGCUCUCUCUCUCCUCCAUCUCCGAGUGCAACUCCACCCGCUCCCUGCUGCGUUCUGACAGCGAUGAGAUCGUGGUGUACGAGAUGCCCGUCAGUCCGGUCAAGGCCCCACCCCUGAGCCCUUGCACCCACAACCCCCUGGUCAACGUCCGAGUGGAGCGCUUCAAACGAGACCCUAACCAAUCCCUGACUCCUACCCACGUCACCCUCACGGCCCCCACACAGCCCAGUGGCCACCGGCGGACUCCUUCUGAUGGGGCGCUCAAGCCAGUGGCUCUCCUAGCCAGCAGGAGCCCCUCCAGCAAUGGGCUGAGCCCCAGCCCCGGAGCAGGAAUGUUGAAAACCCCCAGCCCCAGCCGAGACCCAGGUGAAUUCCCCCGUCUCCCUGACCCCAAUGUGGUCUUUCCCCCAACCCCAAGGCGCUGGAACACACAGCAGGACUCCACCCUGGAGAGACCCAAGACCCUGGAGUUUUUGCCUCGGCCACGUCCUUCUGCCAACCGGCAACGGCUGGACCCUUGGUGGUUCGUGUCCCCCAGCCACGCCCGCAGCGCCUCCCCAGCCAACAGCUCCAGCACGGAGACGCCCAGCAACCUGGACUCCUGCCUUGCUAGCAGCAGCAGCACUGUGGAGGAGCGGCCUGGACUUCCCGCCUUGCUCCCGUUCCAGGCGGGGCCGCUGCCCCCCCCCGAGCGGACGCUUCUGGACCUGGACGCGGAGGGCCAGAGUCAGGACAGCACUGUGCCACUGUGCAGAGCUGAACUGAACACACACAGGCCUGCCCCUUAUGAGAUUCAGCAAGAGUUCUGGUCUUAGCAUGAAAAGGGUUGGGGGGCGGCCAAGGGGGAAGCAGGAGGAGAUCGGGGGAGCUGGCUGGCACAGCCCUUUCUCAGAGUUGGACCCCCUGAAAUCCAGCCCUACUUCUUGCACUGAUAAUGCACUUUGAAGAUGGAAGGGUGGAAGCGGGGCCACUUGAGAGGGUCCCCUGCCCUGCAGGGCCUUUCUGCCCACGUCCACCAGAAGGGGCUGUGGCCAUCAGCUCUGGCUGUGUAGGGGAGGGAGGGGUGCGUGCAUGUCCCCCAGCCUCCACACUCUUCCUCGCCUUUAGGGUGACCCCGCAGGGUCGCUCAGCCAAAUCUGUCUGCUGCCCCCUCUCCUCGGCCCCCUGGGUGAGCCCAGAGCCUGUCCUGGAGUCCUUUUGUUAGCCCUGCCGUCCGCCUUCCCAAACACCAGGAUUGGAGGUUCUCUGAGUGAUUUUCUUCCUCUUCUACAUUCUUCCCCAACACCCAUGAGUCAGAAUCUCAGUUGAAGUGAGAUAGGAGUUUUUCCGGGUCCUCAGCCCUUAUGUGCCAGCUGGGGGACCGAAGGCGUGGGCGCAGGAGUGGACGGACCUGGCAGUGAGCUGCCUGCGCGUCCAGGUGCCCCCUGAUUUAGUUGAGCCUCGCAGGGGUGAAGGGACCUGCCUCAGUGCGAACUGUGAGGGAAGGAGAAGGAGUCAGGAAACCCAGAGUCGAGUGGCAGCCAAGAGGGUCACAGAGUCUGUCCUUGUUCCUUUUGGAAACAUGCAAAUAAGGGCAGAAACCAGCACCUGUUGAUGGCAUCCAGCUCCCACCUGGGGUCUGGACAUGGCCAGACCCGUGUCUGCCGCAAACAUGCUCAUCCCAGGGAUCGUUUCUUGGGAGGCACACUCCCCGGUGCCAGUCCUGGAACCAGAGACAAAGUUCCUGUGCUGGUCCAUUUUGUUGUCUGAUAUUUAUGUGUCACGCCCUUCCCUUGAUCUUUCCUCCCAUCCCUGGGAUCAGGGGGCUUUGGGUUAUGAGUUUGGGUGGUAGAAACUUUGCACUGCUCCAGAAGAGCAUAUCGGUGGGGGGCGGGCUGGGGGCUCCUGGACACUGGGAGCUGGAACUGAGAGGAUUUCUUCUCAGCCAGGCCAUCCAUUCUGGGAUGCCCUUGAAGGAAAACGGAGCCUUAGUGGUACCUUCCGCAAACGGAUACGGUGAGGCCAUGAUGUUUGUAAGGUGCUUAGUGAGCCCCCAAUGUGACGCAAGCCCCAGGCUCUGCAGACUGACCACGGCCUCUUGUCUCUAUGCACAGGUGGCCCCUGAUGCUGGGCUCUGGAUCCUGAACUGGGUCAGAAGGAGAGCAGAGGCCAACCCCGACUUUUCUGGAAUUUGCUUCCUUAACUUGAAUAUUGAGUUGUUUCUGGAGCUUUCUCCUGUGUACCUUCACUUUUCCACUUACCCUGAGGCCUCCUGUAUUGAGUGUGAACAGUUUUCUUUGUGCGGGACACACUCAUAAGCCGGAUGGGGAGCACAGCCUUUGGUCAUGCUCCUCUCCCCUCCAGACUCUCCAAAUGUUGCUUCACUGUUCUCUAUCAUGGAAUAGUUCCCUGGAGUUGUUGCAGGACAGCCUGCAGCCUCCCUGCCUUUGCUGCCGGGGGGCCAGAAUGUGGGCAGCGACAUAGCUGGCUCAGGUGAUGCGUCUGGUUACUGCUCUCUCUCUCUGUAACUGAUAAAGUCCCAACCUGGGAAUGAAAAAAGGGGUGACCUUGGUUUUCAAAUUGCUCCUAAAACAAGGUGCAAGGGUGCCACCUCAUCUUGGGUGGGAGGCACUCUCAGUGCGUUGCCUUCUGGGGCUUUGCUGUUGUGUCUCAUCUCUCCUUUGCUUUGUGCAGGGAAGACCGUAAGAGAGGAUUUUUGCCUCCAUCCCCUCACUCCUUGGCCAGAAGGGGGAAAAUGUGAAUCUUAGCCACAGCCAACCAGUGACUCCCCUUCAUUCUUUUUUUUUUUUUUUUA